GUCCCGCUUAGCAAUAAUGGCCACGUCCUCCACGCCAAAGUAUAAUUCAAAUUCAUUAGAAAAUUCUGUCCGAAGGUCUCCAGGAGAUGGCAUUAACCAUGAACAAAACGAUGAAAUAUCACGUCUACCAGGAGAGACCUUAAUUACCGACAAAGAAGUAAUCUACAUGUGUCCAUUUUAUGGUCCUGUCAAGGGGAGAAUAUAUGUUACAAAUUAUAAACUGUACUUCAAAGGUGAGGAGAUGGAGCCACUGAUAACUUUCGCUGUUCCACUUGGUGUCAUUGCAAGGAUAGAGAAGAUGGGGGGUGCAUCAAGUAGAGGAGAAAAUUCAUAUGGUCUGGAUAUAACCUGCAAAGAUAUGAGGAAUUUGAGAUUUGCUCUGAAACAAGAAGUGCACAGUAGAAAACAGAUAUUUGAAGAUCUUACAAAGUAUGCCUUUCCCCUGUCACAUGGCUUGCUUUUUUUCGCCUUUCAAAAUGAGGAGAAAUUUCCAGAGAAUGGCUGGGCAGUGUAUGAUGCAAUGACUGAGUUCCGCAGACAGGGCUUGCCUAAUGAUCAGUGGAGAAUAACAUUUAUUAAUAGGAAUUAUGAGCUUUGUGAUACCUAUCCUCCACUAUUAGUGGUUCCAUACAGCGCUUCUGAAGAGGAUCUUAAAAGAGUUGCUGCUUUCAGGUCUAGGAACAGGAUUCCGGUUUUGUCUUGGCUGCAUCCAGAGAAUCAAUCUGCCAUUAUGCGUUGCAGUCAGCCUCUUGUGGGUAUGAGUGGCAAACGUAAUAAAGAUGAUGAGAGGUAUCUGGAUAUUAUCAGGGAAACAAAUGGCCAAACAUCCAAGUUGACGAUCUACGAUGCCAGGCCUAAUGUUAACGCUGUAGCAAAUAAGGCCACUGGAGGAGGAUAUGAGAACGAGGAUGCCUACCCUAAUGCAGAACUAGUUUUCCUUGAUAUUCAUAACAUCCAUGUCAUGAGAGAAUCCCUAAAAAAACUCAAAGAUAUCGUCUAUCCAAAUGUAGAGGAAUCGCAUUGGCUUUCAAGUUUAGAAUCAACCCACUGGUUAGAACAUAUCAAGCUUGUCUUGACAGGGGCAAUCCAGGUGGCAGAUAAGGUGGCGUCUGGGAAGAGUUCUGUUGUAGUGCACUGCAGUGAUGGGUGGGAUCGAACAGCACAGCUUACAUCAUUGGCCAUGCUCAUGUUGGACAGCUACUACAGAACUAUUGUUGGCUUUGAAGUUCUGGUGCAGAAGGAGUGGAUUAGUUUUGGACACAAGUUUUCAUCAAGAAUAGGACACGGUGAUAAGAAUCACGCGGAUGCCGACAGAUCGCCUAUCUUCCUUCAGUUUAUUGAUUGUGUUUGGCAGAUGUCAAAGCAGUUUCCAACAGCGUUUGAAUUCAACGAGCAUUUUUUGAUCACAAUAUUGGAUCACCUUUAUAGCUGCCGGUUUGGAACUUUCUUGUACAAUUGUGAAACCAUCAGAGAUAAAGAAAAAGUGAGAGAAAAAACACCGUCUUUGUGGUCUUUGAUAAGCAGCGAAAAAUCAAAAUACACAAAUCCUUUCUACACCAAGGAGCUGAAUCGGGUAUUAUAUCCUGUUGCUAGUAUGCGUCACCUGGAACUUUGGGUGAAUUACUAUAUUAGAUGGAAUCCAAGGAUCAGGCAGCAACAGCCAAACCCUGUGGAGCAGCGUUACAUGGAGUUGCUAGCUUUGAGAGAUGACUACGUCAGGAGACUCGAGGAGCUCCAAAUCAGUAAUUCACCAAAGAUUAACCGCUCCACCACCUCACCUUCUUCCCCAUCACAGAUGAUGCCCCAAGUGCAGACACCAUUUUGAUCAAAGUCUGGUUCCUUUUUAAUGUAAAGUCACUAUUUUUAUGAAAGGCCAUUUUGAAUGAUUCCCCCCCCCCCCACUGAGUCUUUGUUUCGCCUGGUUGAAAUGAAAUGUGCCUUCUUAAGAGUAUUGUAUUAACAUUUGGGAAUAUCUGCUUUUUUUUUAAUAUAAUGACCUUUUGAAGAACAAGAUGUAGGAAGGAUGCCAUUGUUUUGCACCCAAUCAUGUUGGAGGUCAGAGUUGGUGGAAGAGGCUCUUCUUGUAUUAAUUGCUUGAUGUUUCAGUGUAAGGUUGAGGUCCCUGUUCAAUGAACAGAUUGGAUUUACCUCUGCAAGGUGCUUUAAUAUUUUUAUUCCAUUGUCUGAUGCCUAUGCCAUCCUUUUUUUAAAAUAGCAGUUUCUCCCGGAGGAGUCGCAUUGUGCUUGAUCGGUAUUACAUUUCUGGUGCUGCUCACACAAAGCCCCUGAUGUGCAGUGUCCGCUUACAUUUAAUUUCCCAUUUGCCAUUUUGGAUGAAAUGAAGCCACCCGUAGAGCAGUGCAGAGCAGAUUUUAAUCAACCUUGUGUCCAUAGCCCAUUUAUUUUAAUACUUAAAUAUUGUAAUCAAUAUUGUAAUCAAACUUUUGACUGAAGAGCGCUGUCAAACUAAGAACACUAAAGCGCUUGUAACCUUUUAACUCCCAAUACGAUCAGAUUUGUGGGUUUAGGCACAGUUGUUGGCCGUCCACUUAAUGGCUUCAUGUCUUUGUUUAUGGUAUAAACUGCCUUGGUGUUAAGUGGACAAAUGACCGUAUAACACAGAGCCUUUGUACAGAUGCUUAAGCCCCUCAAAAUUUUGUCUGUUACAGUCAUUAAAAAUAGUACAUAUCUUCAGGGAAAAUACGGCCUCAUAAUUCAUUCUAAACAAAAACUCCAGAGAUGCAUCAUUUGUCUUUUUUCUGAAAUUGUGUUCAGUCACAUAGGUGAAAGAUCCAAAGGGUUGGGAGGAUAGACCACACAUUGCAACAAACAUUGCAACAAACAUUGUUCCUGUAGCUGUCCCUUUAUUGUCCCUGUAUUGUGGUGUCCUACAGAUCAGGCACGGCACAAGCUUAGCAGCACUGGCCUUUAUUUGUAAUAAUGCUACUGCCAUGGUGUCUGUAAGAGCCAAAGCUUUGUUGUGGAACAUUUAAUACCCUGGAUGGCAACGUAUCCUGAGCCUAGAGAUUUAAAUAUUAUAUGGAAAGUCAAGAAGAUGGUUUCAUGGUUCACACUAGUCAGCAGCAGAUUGUAUUUUAAAGGAGAACUACAUCUUAACUAAAGAAGUAGGCUAGAAAUAUUUUACAUUAUGUUUUGGGUAUCUAUAUCAGCCCUAGGGAACCAGAGCCCUUUAGCAGUAAAAAUCUGUGCCCCCAAAUAUGUCCCAGUUCACACUAGUCAGCAGCAGUUUGUAUUUUAAAGGAGAACUAAAGCUUAGCUAAAGAAGUAGACUAGAAAUGUUAUACAUUAUGUUUUGGGCUUCUGUACCAGCCCAAGGCAACCACAGCCCUUUAGCAGUAAAGAGCUGUGUCUCCAAAGAUGCCCCAGUAGCUCCCCAUCUUCUUUUCUGUUGAAUUACUGCACAUGUUCUGUGCUACUGUCACUUACUGAGAUUAGGGACCCACUCACAAUAUACAGUACACAUCGAAUAUAAAUGUCACAAUAUAAGGCUGAUUAGUAAUUAAUACAGAUAAUUACUAAGUUUCAGCACAGAAACCAUAGCAGUUAACAUCAGAAUUUAAUAAUGCGCAUUGUAGCAUCAGCUUAUACUGUAUCACAGGCCAGUCUCAUUUUAUGCUUGAUAAUUUGCGAUGACCCCUAAGCUUAGCUUCUCGAUAGCUGCUCAGAGACUAUUGAGCAUGAGAGUCGCAGACACUUUCUAAGAUGGUGACCCCAUGUGACAAGUUUGAAGUCGAGAAGCUGAAACUUCAGGCUGGUGCAAUAACUUCAGUAUAUUAAAUAUGGCAUUUUUAGCCAUGUUCUUUUUUUAGGGUUGAGUUCUCCUUUAAAGCUGAUAUAUAACAGUGAGUAGUAGCAUAAUAGGUGCAUUUUGCUGCUGGCAAUAACCAUCUCAUAGAAACUGUAUAUUUAAAUAAAAUUACACCUUCUGCUGUGUUUUUAAUAUUUCACCAA